ACAGAUGCGCCCCCUGCAGGCGGCUUGUGCCCACUGCUCCUCCUCCUCCUCCUAUACUCCGCUCUCUGACUCCACGGCUCCUCAUUCACUAGAAGAUGGCGGACUGCGCUCCACUAUUAGAUGAGGAACUCUCGUCCUUUGUCUUCAAUUACCUGACAGAAAACUCCGGCAGCCAGUAUGGGGAGGAGGAGGUGUGUUCGGACCGUUUGGACACUGACUUCCCGGACAUCGACCUCUCCCAGCUGGACACCAGCGACUUCGACAGCGUCAACUGUCUCAGCGAGCUGCAGUGGUGCAACGAUCAGCCUGCAGACACGUCACCGGCCUCCAUCCACUACAGUACGGCAGAUGAGCUCUUCGAGAUAGAAGAGGAGAAUGCGGCUCUGCUGGCCGCUCUGACCGACAGUUUGGAUGGCAUGGUGGAUGCCGAGGUGGGCGGGCUCUCCGUCUUCCCAGCCCUGGGAGAGGAGCCUGACCAGGAAGAGGAGGAAGAGGAUAGUCUUCCUCUCAGUGCUGAGGACUUCAGCCACUCCCUGGGAGCUGAGACAGAGGACCCAUCACUACUGAAGAAGCUGCUGCUGACUCCUCCCAACGUGCCCACGGGCAUCGACGCACACAAAGAUGGAGUCCAUGGCCAUCGUUACAGCAACAGGAGCCUGCAACUACGGCCAGUCAGACCUCUGGUCAAGAGCGACCUCCCUCAGGAGCGGAAGCCCCGGGCAGUGCGUCCAGCGGGGCGCCUCUGCACCGAGCUCCACCGCCACCUCACCACCGCCCAGGACACUGAGGACUUCCCGGCCCCCGACACAGAGGAGGACGAAGAGGAAGAGGAGGACGAGGAAAGUGAGUCGGAGGAGGAUGAAGAGGAGGAAGGGGAGGAAGAAGAGGAGGAGUCUUCCAGCAGCGAGGUGGAGGGCGGGGCAGUUUUGGCUGCUGUUCCCGCUGAGCCAGCCAAGCCUCAGUUCAGCUCAGAGAAAGAACUGCACUCUGUGGUGGAGCUGAUCACGUACAUGCACACCUACUGCCUCCCCACACGUAAGCAGCAGGGCUGGGAGCGCAAGGACCGGGACAUCCCGAGGUCUCGGGCCCGACCUGAGGCCUCCCGCCCGGCCGCCACAAACUCUAACAGUAGAGUUGUCUUGGUGGCCACUCCUGGGACUAGUGGGGGCUUGACUGGGACAGGCAGUGGCGCUCCCAGGAGGCUCCCCUUUGCAAGGCAGAGGGAGAUGAAGGCAAACUCCCUUCUCCGUGAGCUCCUGCAGCAGAGCAGCUCUUUUGAUGUGAGCAAGCCUUACAGACUGCACAGCCCGCCAUACUCCCACAGCCCCAACAGAGGAGUAUCUGCCCCCUCUGCCCUGGCUAAAUCAGCCCAAACCCAGUUCCCCAGCUCCACCACCCUUAAACCAGAGCUUCGUAAAGAUUCCUCCUCCCCUGAGAGGAGAAGCUACUCCUUUGAGGCGCCUCAGAGACCAGAGGAGAUCACAGAGGACGGUGGCUCCUUCUCAGUUCGGCGUUCCCGGCGUCUGGCCUCUUUUCCCAGCCGCUUCGCCAAGAGGCUUCGGCCUGGACGGGCGAGGGAGGAAGAGGGGAAGGACAGGCAAGAGAGGGAGGAGGGGCGAGCAGGAGUCAAACUCCUACCAACCCAAGCAGGAGGGGGAACCACAACGGAGGCUCAGCCAGAGCCGCUAACGUCCAGUGAUGGCAGCAUCGGUACCACGGAGCCGACCAAACCCUGUUGCCACAACGAAAAGCGAGCCUGCCUCUGCCUGCCUCUGAACCCCAAGUCCGCAGGAGAAUCCCAAUACAGCACCAAGUCUUUCGAGCAGACACUCAGUGUGGAUCUGUGUGGAACGGCAGGUCUUACCCCUCCCACCACCCCGCCUCACAAACCAGUGGAGGAUGAGCUCUUCAAGCCGGCAGAGGGAGGAAAGGGCGGUGGAGGAGUGGGUGGCGGCAGCAGUGGCGAUGGCGGAGGAGGUGGCAGCGAGUCUGUUCAUCCGGCUUCAAACACUAACGUUGCCACCAAGGGCUCAUCUUGGCUGAGCCGCGCCCACCACCAGCGGAAGCUUCCAGAGCAGACGGAGUUGUACGCCCAGCUGCGGCGCAUGGGCCAGGCUGGCGACAGUGACACCCACCGCAGCUUUGGCGACCACGACUACUGCGCACUGAGCCUUGGGGAAAGCCGCAAGCGUAGUGCUGCCAUGCUCGGCGCCAUGUUGCAGGCACAAGGAGGGGCCGAUGGAGUUGGCACCCUAGCACCCAAAGCAGCUGACGAUCAGGUAUCGGAUGGGAAGGAUAAGGGGGAGAGGCUGAUGAUGUCAGAGGUCGCGGAACUGAAGGAACAGCACACGACCUUGGUGAUAUCAUCAUCGCUGCCGUCAGACUGCCAGUCGGUGGCCUCGGAGGAAGAGGUGGAGCGCUCGUUGGCGUCUCGCUCACCCUCGCCCAUCCUUCACCUGUGUCCAGACUCCCCCGCCAGCAAGACAGACUCCAGUGAGAACUCAGAGAUCUGUCCCGAUGACAAGCAGAGGAACAAAGCCAAGUCUGACGAGGACAACUGCCAGGUGUUUUACAUCCACAACCUGCCGAGCAGCGUGACCCAGAACAUGCUGAGGAAACGCUUCCAGGUUUUCGGCAAAGCAGAGGACUGCAAAGUCAUCAUCUGCAACGAGGAGCGCUGUGGGGUGAUAAAGAUUCGCCAGUCAGGGGUUCAAAGGCACUGGAGAGAACGGGAGACCGUUUUCCAGAAUGGACCUGCAGGCUUAAGGAGGCUGACAAGAAAACGCUACAUAGACCUUGAUGAGGCAGGUCCGGGCCCUGUCAAGAGCAAGUACGAUGCACUGGACUUUGACACUCUGCUGAAGGAGGCCCAGAAGUCCCUGCACCGCUGACAGUACAGCGCCCCUGACUGGCCAGCCUUAGUAAACCACAGCAACACCCCUCCGACUACACGGCUCUGCCCUCAGACAGGCCUCUCAGUACCUCCAUGCAAGGCAACCUCGCAAAAUGUUUACAUUUUUACCAUUGGAACAAAGUAACGAUAAGGACCUUGUUGUUUUUUAAGUUUCUUUCACCGGAGGAUACUGCUUAAAAACGAGGAAGCCACUGGGAGUCUGGAUGAGUUAUGAGACAAUGGAGGAAAUAGGACAUUUAACAGCAAUGGUACAACAACUACACAUGAUAAUGAUACAGUUCUCUGCUGAACAACAAUAACAAAGCUGCUUCCUGUCUGUGUUGGUGACAUCAUCGCCCCGCCUUGGAAGCACAGGUGUGAAAGACUUCUGUAGCAAAAUACUUGCUAUCCCUGCGUUGCGUUGGUCGUCGUGGUGUGUGUUUCUGCGUGUGCGUGUUCUUUGUUCUGUUUGUUUUGUAAAAAAAAAGAAAAACCUCCCUCUUUCCGGCCAGGGGUGGUGAACCUGCAAGCUGUGUUCGCCCUGAAGUUGUGUGGUUGUGUAACCAGAAAAAAAAAAAACAAAAAAAAAAACCCUGCUUUGUUUUAGCGAAAAAUUGUGGAUGUUAUAAAUUUUAAAAUCUAUUGUGUGUGUGUUAUGGACAAAGAAUAUAACAAAACACAUUUAACGUAAUCAUUUGAUGACUGAUAAAGUUUACAAAUCUAAAAUGAAGAAGAAAAAAAUCAUGUUUUUUUCUUUUUUGUAAUUGUAGUGCUUCCUUGAUUUGAUCUAUGCACUGUAAGGAGGUAAAUGUCUCCGCUGUCCUCCACUUUCCCCCUUUGACUCUUGUCUCUAACUCUGCCAUGCUGACUAUUUUGGUUUCUGCUACUGGCUGCUGCAGGCUCUGUUUAAUAGGCGCUUUGUUCAUCAAGAUCCCAACUUGGAUUUGGGAAAAAUUUUACCUCAAAAUUCUUUCCAACCAAUUCAGACUAGAGUGGUUACUAGAAAAGCGCUUAUCUUGAAUGUUGCACAUGUGAAUAGGCCAAAUAAGCUAAAAUAAAAUAACCUUGGCUAGUCUGCUGACGAUGUCAAAUUUCCUAUGACAUGACUGUAGUGGGUCAAAAAGCUUAAAAAUGUUCACUGCUUUUUUUAAAGAAAAUCCAUUGGUUUUUGGUUAGUGUUAGAAAUAAGGGUUGGGGUAAGAAAGGGUUCAGUCGGGAUUGGAUUGGGAUAAAGUUAGGGUUACAGGAAAGGUGUAAAUGUACCAAAACUGGUGAUGGAACACCAAUGCUGCACUAAUUAGUAACACUAUCAACAUAGUUACCAGCAGCAAAUUUCUUCUGUUCACCAGUCUUUGAACCACUGAAGCGUUUUUCAGUAAAAACGGUCGGUUUUUACAGAACAGUCGUGCUUCAUCUGCUGAUACCAGGUAAAUUUCUUCCUCAUCUAGAUGGGUCUUGAUGCAUCUUUGAUAGGGUCCCACUGAACAUUUGUCCAAUAAAGGCUGCAGCCUAAUGACAACCCCCACCCCCCGAAUGCCACAGCCAAUGCAACAGUUACUGUUUACAUUUGGACUGAAGCAAGCAGGACUUAAAUGGGGAAAUAAAGACGGUAGCAGUUGGCGCUUUUAUACCAUCCUCGGUAUGACUUCAUCACAUCUUCACUUUGUCGAGACCAUCCCAGUCCAACUUUCUUUCAUGCAAAGUUCAUUACAGGGCCAAGAACUGUAAAUGGGAUUCAACUAUUUGGAUUAUCCACAAAUCCUUCUUUUUUUUUUCCUGUGACAUUGGCACUUGACAUUGGGUUUCAAAAGUAUGAACCAAUUUGCUGUCCACCCAUGGAACAUAGAUGAAUCUGUUGGUUCAAGUGGAAUGUAUUUAAUAAUCUGAAUGUAAUAAUUGUGUUUCCCCAUUUCUGCUUGCCCCAAGAUUGUGGAGCUUUUUGGUGCUUUAAAGAUAGACUUGCUUAGUCAUCCAGUUGACUGCAUGUGACCAACUCUAGCUUGAGGUGCAGUCUGGGUAGCGCCUAAUUUACAUUCCUGACACAGCCAGUAGCACCCACCGUCAAAAGGGAGAGAGCCUCCGAGCCUGCCAAUCUGGUGGCACCAAACCGCCACCUACAACACAGCCAGGGAACGAGCAAGGGAUGGGCUUGAAAGUAAUGAAAAGAGCAAUCGGCCAAGGAUCCGAUUUCUCGUCCAGGAGGUACUGUAUCAGCUGAGCAUCUCUACCUCACAUCCAUCCAUCCUUGCUCCCCUGUCUUUUUAUUUCCUUGAUCUACUGGAUGCUCUCCCCCUACUCUUUUAUGUCUCUCACUCUUUGUUUCAUUUUUUUGUCGGAAGUGUUCUCUGUGUGAGGUUUUCAA